CGGGUCUGGCUCGGCCCGGCUGAGGGGCUGCGGUUGGGGGUGUGGCUGCGGAUUUCCACGCUGAGAUCAUGAUUUAUUUUUUUACUUUUUUCUCUUUUAAUUUCAUUUUUUUUCAUUGCCGAGCCCCCGGCGCUGGGCUCGGAGUGAAGUUGGUGCACCUUGGCCUUCAAUCACGGCUCCUUGGGAUGUGGGCCGUUAGGCCUCUCUGUUCUGUGUGAGCGCAAUGUUCCUGGUCGGGCUCUCGGGUGGAAUCGCGUCGGGGAAGAGCACGGUGGUGGCCGUGCUCCGGGAACUGGGCUGUGCCGUGAUUGAUGCUGAUGUUAUUGCCAGAGAGGUGGUGCAGCCCCGCCUGAAGGCCUAUCGGCAGAUCGUGCAUUGCUUCGGCCCCGAGAUCCUCCUGGAGAGCGGAGAGAUCGACCGCGAGGCGCUGGGAAACAUCAUCUUCUCCCACCCCGAGAAACGGCGGCUGCUGAACGCCAUCACCCACCCCGAGAUCCAGAAGGAGAUGCUGAAGCAAGUCUUGAAGUACUUUGUGCUAGGCUACCGCUAUGUGAUCCUCGACAUCCCUCUGCUCUUCGAGACCAAGGGGUUGACCAAGUUCAUGAAGCACACCGUCCUGGUGUACUGCGACCCGCAGACCCAGCUGGCACGGCUGAGGAAGAGGAGCGGGCUGUCCCAGGCUGAGGCCGAAGCACGCAUCGCCUCGCAGCUGCCGCUGGAUGAGAAGCGCCGCCUGGCCGCUCACGUCAUCGACAACUCCGGCGACCGCGAGAGCACGCGCCAGCAGGUGCUGCGGCUGCACGCGAGGCUGGAGGAUUCCCUGGACUUCCUGUGGGCACGGCUGGCGGUGGGGACGGCCGUGGCUGCGCUCGGAGGGCUGCUGUACCUCCUCCUCCAACGUUUCAUCUCUUAAUUCACCUUUGUAGGGUUUUUUUUUUUUUUCUUUUUCUUUUUUUUUCCCCCUCAGUUGUUUUCCGAAGGCCUGGAUUUCCAGGUUUGAAAAGGGCACUGAAAGGCCACCUGUUUUAAUGAGCUUUGCCAGCUGAAUGCAGACGGUGGGGUGAGGUUUUCUCCUGCUGACUUCCCAAGGUGAAUGUGAGUUUUCUUCCAGCGCCGUCUCCCAUCUCUGUUCUUUAACUUUCUGCUCGGGGGCUGGUGCCCAUCUGUGGGUGAGACAGCUCCCAUGGAGGGGAUGAGGCCCUUCUUAGCCCCACGGAGAUCUGAAUGGUGGCAUUCCGACCUGUUCAGCCUCUUCCAUGGCAAUCUCUUUAUGGAGGGAAUAGGUGGGCUCUCAGGCCUGCUUCCUGCUGCUAACUGUCCCCAGGUUGAUCUCCUGGGAUGAGAUAUGAGAUUUUCCCUUCUUUCACUUUAAACCUGUGGUUGGGAACCAGCAGCAUGUCAUUCCCCGGGGCUGGGUGUACAGCUGGCUGCUCGCAUCCCCUCUGCCCCGUGUUUCUGCAGCCUAAACAACCCCGUGAGCAUUACCUCCCAAAGGGGGAUGAUGCUGAGGGCCUGAUGCACCCCAGAGGGGCUGAGACCCGGGAGCUGCCCCUUGGGAAGGCACUACUGGAGAGGAUGAGCCUGGGCGAGGCGGGUGCUGGCUCUCGGCGUUUGGUUUAAUAAAGCACUAACCAGCAGACA